CACAAGCACCACACCAUGAUCGCAUCAACCUCGUCCCGCCCACUGGUUAGGCAGGCGUUCACCUCUACAUCCUCAUCAUCAGCCUCAUCAGCCUCCUCGUCAGCAUGCCGCACCUUCUCUACAGACAACGCGAGCUCCUUCGCUAUGUCAGGAUUGCGCAUCACGAGUUUCCGGAAAUGAAGGCCUUCCAACAACCCUACAACCCUCCCGCAUCACAGCAGAUCCUCCGAUUCAGGCACACCCACUACCAAGGCGUCUCCCACCCGCUCACACGCAAGUCCGUCCUGACCGUAUCCGUCCCAGACCUAUUCAAGGCCCACUCGACCGCAUUCUCCUCUGUGCGAGCCAAACGCAAAUUCCUUCAUCUGGCCGGUCCACGAUGGGAUGCUGGUGGUCGAGGGGCUGAUCUGGCAGAAGUGUUCCAGCUUGAAGGUGACAAGGCAUAUGCGAGCAAGUGCCCAGAGGUGGGAGAGAUCAAGAUCAGUUGCGACCGUUUCCCAAUGCAGGCACAGAAUGACAAGUGGUGCAGCGAUGUGCUGGAGGAGAUGGUCGCUGAGGCUGCGCGGGAAGACGCGGAGGGCGAGGAGGUGGCGAGCUUGCCGUUGGAUGUGCGACAUAGGCUUGUGCGCGAUCAGCGUAAGGAGGCUCGUGGUGGUGGCAGGGGAGGGAGGAGGAGAAGGGCGACUAUCGAGGAUUGGCCGGAGGGGUGGGGGACGCCCAAGUAGGGGGCGGAAGAGGUGAAGAUGGUUGAGGGGGCGAAGGCGUAGUGGCCAGCGGAU